UCUCGAUUUGUUUUCCUUCAAAAUUGUUUAAAUAACAAUUAAGGUUGGAAUUGUUUUGUUAUUUAAUCGAGUGUAAUUUUGGUUUUCUGUUCUUCGUAGUGUUUUUCGGGUUAAUUAUGUAUUCUGGUGAGGUUAUUCCCGAUGAUGAUGAACCUUGUCUAUCAGAUUGGGAUGAACAAGAGGAUCCAGCAGAUUAUACCAGAGGAGGUUAUCAUUUGAUUAAAAUUGGUGAUGUUUUCAAUGCCCGUUACCAUGUGAUUAGGAAACUUGGAUGGGGACACUUUUCAACUGUCUGGUUGUGUUGGGAUUUAGUAGUUAAACGAUUUGUUGCUUUGAAGGUUGUCAAAAGUGCGAACCAUUACACGGAGACGGCUUUGGAUGAGAUUAAACUCCUUAAAAAUGUUCGAGAGGGCGAACCCGGUAAUCCAUAUCGAAGUAAAGUUGUUCAGCUUUUAGAUGAUUUUAGAAUCAAUGGAGUCAAUGGAACACAUGUUUGCAUGGUUUUUGAAGUUCUUGGUCAGAAUCUAUUGAAAUUGAUCAUUCGCUCAAAUUAUGAAGGGAUUCCUCUUCAAAAUGUCAAGUCCAUAAUUAAGCAGGUACUCCAAGGAUUAGAUUAUCUCCAUACAAAGUGUCAGAUAAUCCACACCGAUAUUAAACCGGAAAAUAUUUUAAUCGAGGUUGAUGAAUCGUAUAUCCGUAGAUUAGCAAUUGAAGCAACUCAUUUGCAUAAAUUAGGACUUAAAUUACCUGGAUCUCUUAUCUGUUCAGCCCCAGCAAACCAAUUUGAACCACCAAAGUCUAGUGAAACAGUAACAUCGAAAAAUAAGAAGAAAAAAUUGAAGAAAAAAGCAAAGAGGCAGCAAAAAUUAUUAGAACUUCAAUUACAAGAAUUAGCAGAAAACCCUGAACAGUCAAAGCCACCUCCUGCUCCAAUGAGUUGUACAUCUCCGAAAGAUCAAUUCGAGUUACCUCGAAGUAGUAAAAUGUCCAAAAAUAAGAAGAGAAAACUGAAGAAAAAAGCCAAAAUGCAGCAACAACAAAUGCUCGAAUCACAGAAUCAAGAAUUAGAUUCAUGUUCUGGUCAACUCAAUACCAGUCAAGAGGCUGAUCAGAUGAUUGCUGAACCUUCAGACCUUAGUGAAUGCAUAACGAACAGUGAAGUUAAUUCAGUUCGCAUUAAAUUAGAAACACUUGUUGAUGAUGAUGUCAAAGGAGAUGAAUCCAAACGUCGUCAUAAUAUUUCCGGGCAUUCAUCCAGAAGCCGUAAUAAAAGACGAGCCAAUUACCACCAAAAAUUUGAUGAACCGGAUAAUAAUAAUGGUCUAAUUACUGUUGAUAAUUCUGAUAAAACUCUGCUUAAUGAUGAUAAUGAAGAUGAUUAUAAAUCACCACUUAAAGAUGAACCUGAAAGUCCACUAUCAACAAAUGAUGAUAACGGAACAUUCAAUUUGAACACAAGUUCCGAUGCAGGGCCAAAUGAAUCUUCUGAUAACCAGAAACUAGUAACACAUAUGCCUGAUCCUGCAAGUGAAGUUUGUGAUAUUAAAGUAAAAAUUGCUGAUCUUGGUAAUGCUUGUUGGAUUAAUCAUCAUUUCACGGAAGAUAUUCAAACGAGACAAUAUCGUUGUUUGGAGGUUAUUCUCGGCUCAGGUUAUUCUGCUCCAUCUGAUAUAUGGAGUACAGCAUGUAUGGCAUUCGAAUUGGCCACUGGCGAUUAUUUAUUCGAACCUCAUUCUGGACAAGAUUAUAAUCGAGAUGAAGAUCAUUUAGCUCAUAUAAUUGAACUUUUAGGUGAAAUUCCUCGUCAUAUUGCGCUCGCUGGUACUUAUUCCAAAGAUUUUUUCAAUCGACGAGGUCAAUUGAAAAGCAUUAUGGCUUUUAAACCAUGGGGACUUUAUGAAGUAUUAACUCAAAAAUAUAAAUGGGAAUCGAAUGUAGCCCAAGAGUUUACGGAUUUUCUUAAGCCGAUGUUGGAAUAUGAUCCAGAUAAACGUGCCAAGGCUUCUGAUUGUCUCUCUCAUCCAUUUCUAGUUGAUGAUCCAGACUUAAGAUGAAAAUUGUAUCUCUCUCUUUCUAUUUUACCUUUAAUUGGAAUCCAAUUAUUGGAUUAUCUUUUUCGUCUAAUCACCUAACCCAGUGAUAAUCACAAAAAAAUCACUGAAUUCAACAAUCAAACGACAAUUUAGAUUGUCAAGAGAGUCACUUAUUGUUGAAAAUUAAAUCAAUUUACUGAGUGUAGACAAAAAGUAUAAUCCUCGAGGUAGUAUUUCACCAUCGUCUGUUCAUUCUGCUCUUAAUCCAUCAUCUCUAAUCCCCUUUAAUCAUUAAGCCUUAACAAUAAUGAUAUGAUUAACUCAUUGAUUGUUUGAUCUUUUUUUUUCUCAAGAAAUGAGAUCGUAUUCAAAGUCAUUGCGAUUAAUUUAAAUUACAAAUUAAUCAAUUGUAUAAUUCAAACUUACUGAUUUUUAAUAUAACGUGAAACCAAAACUACAAUCAAA